UCGAUACGGACCGCGCCCGCCGGGCACACAAGAAUGGUCACUCAGAUACUGGGGGCCAUGGAGUCUCAGGUUGGGGGGGGGCCGGCCGGCCCGGCCCUGCCCAACGGGCCACUCCUUGGAACAAAUGGAGCCACUGAUGACAGCAAGACCAACCUCAUCGUCAACUACCUACCCCAGAACAUGACACAGGACGAGUUCAAGAGUCUCUUCGGCAGCAUUGGGGACAUUGAAUCUUGCAAGUUGGUUCGGGAUAAGAUCACAGGGCAGAGCCUGGGCUAUGGGUUUGUUAACUACUCUGACCCAAAUGAUGCAGACAAAGCCAUCAACACCCUCAAUGGCCUCAAACUGCAGACCAAGACCAUCAAGGUGUCCUAUGCACGCCCCAGUUCUGCCUCAAUCCGGGAUGCCAACCUGUAUGUCAGUGGCCUCCCCAAGACCAUGAGCCAGAAGGAGAUGGAGCAGCUCUUCUCCCAGUAUGGCCGAAUCAUCACUUCCAGGAUCCUGCUGGACCAGGCCACAGGUGUCUCUCGGGGUGUGGGAUUCAUCCGCUUUGACAAGAGGAUCGAGGCAGAAGAGGCCAUCAAGGGACUGAAUGGGCAGAAGCCACUGGGUGCUGCUGAGCCUAUCACGGUGAAGUUUGCAAACAACCCAAGUCAGAAGACAGGCCAGGCCCUGCUCACCCACCUGUACCAGUCCUCUGCCAGGCGCUACGCUGGUCCCCUGCAUCAUCAGACACAGCGCUUCCGGCUGGACAAUUUGCUCAACAUGGCCUACGGAGUCAAGAGUCCCCUGUCGCUCAUCGCCAGGUUCUCCCCGAUCGCCAUCGAUGGCAUGAGUGGCCUGGCAGGUGUGGGCUUGUCCGGAGGAGCUGCAGGUGCUGGCUGGUGCAUCUUCGUGUACAACCUGUCUCCAGAAGCUGAUGAGAGUGUGCUGUGGCAGCUUUUCGGACCCUUUGGGGCAGUCACCAAUGUCAAGGUCAUCCGAGAUUUCACGACCAACAAGUGCAAGGGCUUUGGCUUCGUCACCAUGACCAACUACGACGAGGCCGCCAUGGCCAUCGCCAGCCUCAACGGGUAUCGCCUGGGCGAGCGCGUGCUGCAGGUGUCCUUCAAGACCAGCAAGCAGCACAAGGCCUGAGCACUUAACGCCCUCCCUCCCCGGGCAGCAGAGAGAGAGAGAGAGAGAGAGAGAGAGAGAGAGAGAGAGAGAGAGAGCGCAAUCGCAAGAGCAGGCAGACCCACACACCUGCAAAAACACCACAGGGUGAGCAUCCGGAUGGGGAGGGUCUGCAGGGAGUUGAGGGGAGGGUGUCCCCCACCCUGUUCUCCUUGUUUUCUUCACCCCAAGCUGGGGCUGGCUCACUCUCUCGUCUUGGUUUGGUUCAUGGUGAUGGCUUUUGUUUCUUUUUUUGGCUAAAAACAAAAAGAAGAAAGCAGAGAGGAGACCCCCCAUCCCACCUCACCCUCACCACCCUGCAUGGGAUGGCUUAGGGGACACAACGGUGCCCUACCCAGGCCUCCCUUGCCCACCAAGGCCUGUCCUAUACCGAGAAAAAGGGGAGGGAACAGGUUUAAAAAUCCCCAAAACAG